AAGAUGAUGGUUGAUAAAAAACAAGAAAGAGGAGAGAGAAACAUGCAGGAACUGUUGAGCUAAGCAUCAUCAGGCAGAGCAUAGCAAUAGAGGCAAAUCUCUUAAUCCUAUUGCUUAGUUUGCACAACAUUUACCUUUCCCAAGGGGAGGGUGUUCAUGAGUUUGUCUGAUGCUUUCAUUACAAAACAACAAAAAGGGUUUUGUCUGAUGGGAUGCUUGCUCCUUAGUGCUCACCCCACGGUUCUGUUCCUUUUUGUUUCUGAAUUGUUCACGUCUUUUUGUUUUCUCUCUGUCUGCGUGUGCCUCUUUUCACUAUGAAAUAGACAUCUUUUAUUUUUCGGGUGUCAGUAUAUUAAAAGCAUGGAUAUGCUCUUUGGGUAGUUCCAGCGCUGUUUUCUUGACCCAAAAUUGUCCUGUUGAAGCUCUGCUUGUCUUCCUUCUUCGUCCACACCACAAGAAGCUGGAAAUGGGGGAACACUUGGGCCAGCUCAAGGUGACGGUGGUGCAAGGGAAAAGAUUGGUGAUCCGGGAUUUCAAGAGCAGUGACCCGUAUGUUGUUGUCAAAUUAGGCAGUCAGGUGGCAAAGACUAAGGUCAUAAACAGUUGCCUCAAUCCUGUUUGGAACGAAGAGCUAUGUUUCUCACUCACGGAACCUGUUGGUGUUUUAAAUUUGGAAGUGUUUGACAAAGACCGUUUCAAGUCCGAUGACAGAAUGGGACAUGCCCACUUCAGCCUCCAACCGUUAGUCUCCGCUGCUAGAUUGAGGAAGGUCCUAAAGGUUUCUUCUGGUGAGACAAUGCUAAGAAAGGUGGUACCCGACAGCGAGAACUGCCUUGUUGGAGAAAGCUCUAUUGCUUGCAUCGAUGGCGAGGUCGUACAAGAAGUUUGGUUGAGGCUUUGUGGGGUCGAGUCAGGGGAAAUUCAACUGAAGAUGAAACUGAUAGAAACUCCGGUUGCGGGCAAGAGAUAAGGCCUAGACUCUUAACUACCUAUGGAAGAUGUGAAAUUCAGUUCCCAUGUGUGUAAAUCCUGUAGGAAUCUCUCUAGUUUAUAAGCUUGCUUUUAGCUCAUAUUCGUUUGAUCGAGUGGAGGAGUUGCCCUCAACUUUAUAGUGAAGAAACACAGAGCCAACAUC